GCCACGCCACCUAAUUCCACGGAAACUUCCAUUGUGGAAAAAAUAUAUAUAUAAUUCCAACUGUGAAAUAAUAAAGUAUUCAAUCGAAUUAGUCAACAUGGACCAAACACGAGUUCCUUUCCGUGGUUCAACUCUUUACAAAACCAUUCACCUACUCUUGUCCUGUUUCUGGCCUCCUUCUCUUCUUCCUCCUUCUUCUCCUCCUCCUCCUCCUCUUCUUCUUCUUCGUCUUCACUGCAAACCAGAACCAAGAACCAUGAAUCUGUCUCUCUCUCGGACCAUAUCUUUAUCCCACCUAAUCCUAUGGGUGAUCUUUGUGUUUGCUUCUUGUGUUCUUUCAGUCGAAGAGCGCCAUAGGAUAUGUAGCAGCCCUUUUCCGUGCGGAAAUCAGACAGAACUCUCAUACCCAUUUUGGAUAAAGGGAAGAGAAGACUGUGGCCACCCGGAUUUCGAGCUCGACUGCAACCGAGGUUUCGCAGAGUUCAACAUCUCAUCAGUCAACUUGAGAAUCCUGGAGGUCGAUUUCCUCGAGUCUCGUAGCAUCACGCUUGCAAGAACAGAUUAUCUCAACACUCUGUGUCCGAGCAACCUUGUCAAUGUCUCGCUGUUUAACGAGAUCUUCCUUGGAUACCUUCCCGGCACCGAGGUGAUAACGUUAUAUCACGACUGCCGGGAUUUUCCAGGCUUUUCUCCCACCGUCUAUAUCGGGGAGUUACCUUGUGAAUACGAUGAUGGAGGGAAAGGUUACUUUGUCACCAGGAACAUCUCGUUGCCACUUCUUGAUGGUGUCAGAGCCAUGUUAAAUGAAUUCACUCGGUCGUGCGAGCAAGUCGAUAUUCCAGCGUCAGGAACUGCAUUGGUCGCACUGCAAGCGAGUCCAACUCCACAGAAUUUACAGAUGGCUUUCGAUGAAGGUUUCGGGCUUACCUUGAACUACGCUACUUGCGAAGCAUGCCGGGAAAGUGGCGGCGCUUGCGGGUAUAACAGGACGGCGGAAGCAUUCGUCUGCUAUUGCAUGAAUGACUCGCACGAACGUACCUGUGAUUCGGGGAAAAAGAGUUCAUCAGGUCUCCACGGAGGAGUGAAAAUAGGCAUCGGUUUAGCUUGUGGAUUGGUGGGAGGCUUACUCAUAGCCGGAGGAGUGUUCUGUUUCAUCCGACAACGAAGAAAGAAGCUGUGGGCUCAAUACACAAGCAAAGACUUGCCAACAACCCCUUAUUCGAGCACAGGAACUACAACCACGGCCACUUCCACGACGGUUUCCCGCAGUAUGCAUUCUUUUCAGUCCUCGGACUCGAAUCUCGGAAAUGGAAGUGUCUACUUUGGAGUUAAGGUCUUCGGUUACGAAGAACUCGAGGAAGCCACUGAGAAUUUCUCUAAAGAGCUCGGUGAUGGAGGCUUUGGCACUGUCUACUAUGGUGUGCUGCGGGAUGGAAGAGCGGUGGCUGUUAAACGACUCUACGAGAGGUCACUGAGACGUGUGGAGCAGUUCAAGAACGAGAUCGAUAUCCUGAAAUCGCUGAAGCACCCGAAUCUGGUCAUCCUCUACGGAUGCACAUCUAGGCAUAGCAGAGAGCUUCUCCUCGUCUACGAGUACAUCUCCAAUGGCACUUUAGCUGAUCAUCUCCAUGGCGACCGAGCCAAAACUCACCAUCUCUCAUGGCCUGUCCGCUUAGAAAUCGCCAUUGAAACUGCUAACGCAUUGUCCUACCUCCAUGCCUCAGGAAUCAUUCACCGAGACGUCAAGACCACAAACAUUCUCCUAGACAACAAUUUCCAAGUAAAAGUGGCCGAUUUCGGGCUAUCGCGUCUGUUUCCGACAGACGCAACGCACGUUUCGACGGCGCCACAGGGAACCCCAGGCUAUGUCGACCCUGAAUACUACCAAUGUUACCGUCUCAACGAGAAGAGCGACGUCUACAGCUUCGGAGUCGUCCUGGCCGAGCUAAUCUCGUCCAAAGAGGCCGUCGACAUCGCCAGACACCGACACGACAUCAACCUCGCGAACAUGGCGGUCGCGAGGAUCCAGAACUCCGCCGUGGAGGAGCUCGUGGAUCCAGAUCUGGGCUUCGACAGGGAUUUCGCCGUGCGGCGGAUGGUGACGGCGGUGGCGGAGCUCGCUUUCCGGUGCCUGCAGCAGGAGAGGGAGGUGAGGCCGUCGAUGGACGAGGUCGUGGAGGCUCUGAGAGGGAUCAAGAAGGAGGAGAUGAGCGAGCCGGCGGAGAUGGUGGACAUCCGCGGGGGAGACGAUGUCGUGUUGCUGAGGAACGGUGGUGCUCCGCCGCUGUUGUCGCCGGAGACUGAUAAGUGGACGAACAGCUCGAAUUCGAAUACGACGGGGAGCUCUUUUUGAAGAGAUUGGAGGGUUUUUAUAAUAAAUUAAUCGGUCAUUAAAUUUUGUCUUAAUCAGAAAAAUCGGAGAUUAUGGAUCUAAUUAGGGUUAGUGUUUGUUGUGUUGUGUGCGACCGUGUGUAUAUAUGAUGCGACGGUUUGGCUCUUUGAUGUCUCACGGGAUCCAUACGGGCUCGUUUUUUUUGCUUCUAGCUUAAAUUAAAGACGAGAUUAUAAGUUAUGUUUUGUUAACAAAAAAUUUCUA